GAAACUCGCGUCUGCGUUUCCAGAGUUGGGACACGUACUCAGUCUAGAAGAGAGGCACAUCGAGAUACAGUGCUCCGCGACGUAGCGAAUCUCAUCCACCUUAAACCCCGUCGACCGAAGUCGAACAGGAUGGGAGUUGAAGAUCAAAUGAAAGCUAGGGUUUUUCUUUGAGAUCGAAAAUGGCGCUCGUGAGGAGGUUUCAGACAGUUCGCUCACUGCUGAGAACAGCUGGAUCAACAGAAUCUUCUUCGCUUCCUUUUCGGAGUGGAAAUGAGUUCUCUUGGAAUCAAGCUGGAGAUGGUUUCAGAUUGGGGCGUUGGAGGAGCUUCCAUUCCUCUCUUUGUCACGUUCCUGACACUCUUGGAAAAAGCGUGUAUUCAAGCUUAUACGAGAGCCACAACGCUGCCAGCCCACAUUUGCUUCGAUCUACAAUGAUUGCAGAGUCUGUUCCCUUUAGCAGUGACAAAAGGUUUGCCACAACGCAAGUAAAGGCUCCACCUCAGCUACAGAAAACGGGAGCUGUUAGAGUGUCCAUGGUAAGCCCUGGAUUUGUUUACGAACCCUAUGCACUCCACGAGAAAAUCCCAUGGUGGCGAAGAUGUUUCACAAGAAGCGGUUGGAAAAGAACCAAAGAGGAUUUCGUACGGGAGCUAAGAAGUGCCUAUGCUAUCGCAAAGUUAAGAAAGACUGGGUACUCAAAGAACAAGUUCUACAUAGAAGCACUAGAGCUAUACAAAGAGAUUAACAUUAUGAUGGCCAAUGGUGACAAGAAGACUAUAAGGAAAAACGUCACUGAGAGGAUGUAUUCUGCAUUGAAGAACGAAAUUAAACAAAGAGAAGCCAUGUGGGGUAGUGUGUACUGGGAAAUGGUUGAGCCGGUCAUCAAAAUCAAAACUUUGCAAGCUCGACUGAUCGGCAUCGACAGGACGGACCUUAGUAAAGCAUUCAUACAACUGACACUUGAGUUUCUGACAAAGCAGAAAUUUGAAGCAUACGAUGCAAAAGGCAAUGUAGUAGCUGGAGACAAGAAGAAAGAGGUGCUCGUACGUGACAUCUGGGUUUUUGAGAAGUCUCUGUUCCACACAGGAGCUUACUGGCGUCUCUGUGGCCGGAUUGAAUUUCCGAAAAAGGAUAAAAUCCAACCCGCCCUCUGAUAUUUUUUGGCCGAGUCGGUUUUCUCUACACAAUUGGCAUUUUCUUCUAGUCUCUGUUGCAACUAAAGCGUGAAUGUUAUCUGAUUAGGCCCUAGAGAAAUCCACUUUGCGUUUAUGCUCCAGAACCAUUAUUAAUAAGUGCAAAGACAUCAGAAAGAGAAUUUUGCCUUCUAAAAACCUCGUUGGAACCAGUUUUCAUUUUCUUUUGUUGCUUCUGUCA